AUGGACGCAACUACAGCUUCCGGACUCCCACCUAACGUGGUCAUCUUCUCCCCCCAAAACUCCUUAUUCAUCAACUCGCUCCUUGGAGCAGGCAUUUUCACCCGCCUUGUUACCAGCGCAAGCACCACUCCUGAGAAACUUGCCGCCCUCAAAAAUCACGCUGGAGUGAAGGACGAAUUUUCCUUGUUCCACCGAAACGCUGUCCUUAUUUUCGACGCGAGUGGAAAUGAAGAUGUGCAUCAUGAACACUUCCGCACUAUCUGUCUUGCGCUGAAGGAACUGGAUAUCGGAUUGGACGUGGCAGGCUGCAUAAACGAUGCGACGGAUUCUCUGGCAGCUGGGUUUCAACUUGACAAGGUGAAUGACAAGUCAGCACUUGUUAUUGAUCUUGUCGAGAAGGAUGAGGAUAGCGACGAGGAGGAGGAGAUGUUUGUUAUGUUUCAAUCGUACAAAUCUUCCUAUGCCGAUUCUCAUGUUCUCGAUACGCGGUUCCGCGCUGCUAGAACAAGAUUCGAGCAAUGGGGCACCAGUGUAGGAAUAUCGGAGGGAAGACUUUUGCCAGAUCAUCAUCAUGGGUUGAAUGACGAAAAUACAGCCGGUGUGAUUCAGGAUAUUCUUCAAAUCAUUUCCAAAACCAUUUGCGACAAUGGAAAUACACAGCAGAAUUUGCACCACAAUGAGCGGUUUGCUGGGAUUUUACAAUCGAGGCGAAAGAGACUUAGGUGGGCUCUUGGAGGCAAAGAAGAUCGUACGGAACAGGUCGAAAUAUUUGAAAAGCUGGUGGAACACCUGCACAAUCUGGUAUCAGUCGAUAACAAAGACCACAAGCACUAUGAAGAGAAAAAGGAGGACGGUUGGUCUGAUGUACGGCAAAUCUUGCUCAAUAUGGAGCAAGGAAUGAAGAAUGAGAUGCGACGCGAUAUCUACUCAUGGUUGGGAAUACACUCUUCCAAUGAUACGUAUCGAGACUCUUUGGACAAGCGAGUAGAAAACACAUGCAGUUGGAUUUUUGAUCGACCAGAGUUUGAGACUUGGCUGUCUCCCGAAAACCCAACCUCUCCAGGUCUACUUUGGAUCAAUGGCCCCGCAGGAUUUGGAAAAACAGUCCUUUGCGCCCGCAUCGUGCAGCAUCUUUCGAGAAUCCUGACUUCACCCGUUUCUUACUUCUUCUUCGCAUCCGACCUUGGCACUCGGGAUGCUCCCUACCUAGCGUUACGAUCCUGGAUACACCAGGUGGCUGACGUCCACGAAGAUGCUUUCGAAUGCGUCCGUCGGGCUUGGGAGGCUUUCCCUACCGAAAAGGCUUCUCGGAGGAACCUGGUUGAUCUAUUUACUGAGAUUGUCGAUGUUGUACCUGGAUGCACAUUUAUCGCUGAUGGAUUGGAUGAGUGUUCACAGCUUGGAAUUGACGAUUCUUCGCUCGCGCAAUUUCUUUCUGAUGUGAUACAGACAGUCACAGAUAGUAGCGCCAAACUUUUGUUUAUCAGUCGAGAUGAGCCAGAAAUCAGAACAGCUUUAGAAGAAAACGCACCGGAGCUCUUCACAGAGUACAGGAUCAUCCCAGACGACGUACAAUCAGACACUGCAGCCUUCUCACAGUUCAUCGUGGACAAGAAACUUUCGAACAAGAGCGAAGAUAUCAGAACGGCCAUUUCAGAUGCAAUGACAAGAAGAUGCGAAGGCCAGUUCCUGUGGAUCCGGAUGCAAGAAGAAACACUCAGGAAAGGCAUGAGUAAGAAACGCUUGCAUGAAGCUGUGGAGAAUACACCUCCAGGGCUCGAUCGUCUUUACGACCAUAAUUGGAAGAGAAUCCUAGAGAUGUCGCAGUGGGAAAAAGACCGAGUUUUUGCGAUGCUACGAUGGGCCGCGUUUGCAAGGCGGGCUCUUUCAGUGUACGAAAUCACAGAGGCUGCCAUAAUAACUCAGUUCGAGGAACUAGAUCCGGAUGAGUAUCCUGACGAGUUUGACAACGAGUACAUUAGGACAGAAAUCGUCGGACUGUGUGGCCCUCUGUUGGAGGUGAAGAAUGUGUUCGUUCACAUACCUCACUUCUCUGUACGCCAAUACCUUGGACAGCAUCUCCCACUGCCAAGUUGGAUCCAUCAAAAUGGCCAGCUGCAAAGUUCCUAUGAAGCUUACCACCACAUAGUCAUCGCCAGGGCUUGUCUUCAGUAUUUUAAUCAGUCUCAAGUAUGGCAGAAGUCAUACAAUACCAAUUCAGCCAGCAGAAGUCUUCGACGGUAUGCCGCUGGAACAUGGGUCAAGCAUGUGAAGGACGCCUCUUGGGAUGACUCUGUUUGGGAACUUGCUACAGAACUGAUGAGAGAGGAGAGCCCAGUUUGGAAGCUCUUUUCUGAGUAUGUGUCCGAGGCCAUGAAUGCGGAGUGUAAGAAAGACGGGGAGCUAGAAAAUCACAUACCACUAAGCCCUCUUGAAUAUGCCUUGAACUGCGAGUGGAAGGACAUGGCUGAUCGCCUCAUAACCAAGACCAAUGUGAACAGAUUGGGCUCCAACGGAAGUACUCCACUUACGCAAGCUUGCAAAGCCAAUAUGCCUGAAACGGUGGAAAGGCUCCUCCAAGCUGGUGCCGAUGUGAUGUUUGCAUGGGAAAAGACACACACUCCUCUGCAUCUAGCAGUUUGGGAUGAGUAUGAAGAAAUAGUCCAAAUAUUACUGAGCCAUGGAGCAGACCCAUCGGCGCAAGACAAUUCUGGCAGAACACCGCUCCAUGUAGCUUCAGUCAAAGGGAACUUGAAGUGUUGCGAACAUUUAAUUAGAAGCGGUGCAGAUUUGACUAGGAAAGAAUUUCAGGGUAUGACAGCCUUGCAUAUGGCGUGCUGUGAAACCGGCCACAGUGAGGUAGCCAGACUAAUACUGCAAACCGGACCUGAUGGUAUGGUACUGGAACCGUGCUCCGCAGGCCCUCCGCUGCACUUUGUCUGCCACACCGGUGAUACCGAGAUGGCGAAAGUCUUGAUUGAUCAUGGCUGCGCCGCAUCAUUUACUGUUGUGAAUCCCAACGGUGCUACAGCGAUUAUGUUGGCUGCCGUCCAAGGUCAUACUGAUCUAGUCAAACUACUCCUGGACCAUGGGGCAGACACCACGCUAUCCACUGCGACAAAGAAUGAUGGAUUGACGCUACUACACUUAGCGUGUAUUAUGGAAGAUUCGGAGGAGUUGAUGAAAGUGAUACUUCGUCACGGUGUUGAAGAUUCGAUGUUCAUAGUUGACAGCGAGGGGCGUACGCCACUACACUUUGCAGCAUAUCAUGGGAGGACCAACGCGGUCAAAUCAAUCUUUGAGUACAAACAAGAAAACAAAAGAUCAUUGCUUGAUACUAGGACAACGAAACUUCACACUCCAUUAUGGCGUGCAGCGCGGAAUGACCAUUCGGAAGUUGUCACAGUUCUGUUAGACCAUGGGGCUGCCGAAACUAUUACCGCGACCGACGUGAAUGGAAAGACUGCAUUGUGGAUUGCAUCACGGUAUGGUCAUACCAGUACUGUUCAGCAACUACUCAGUCGAGGAGCUGCAGGAACGAUUGACGUGGCUUCAGUUGACGGGGAUACACCGUUAUGGGUCGCCUCGAGCUACGGCCAUGUAGAUGUCGUCAGGCUGUUACUCGAGUAUGGUGCCGAAUCUACCAUAGCAAUCGCUGAUAUAAAUGGUGAGACGCCUUUAUACACUGCAUCGCGCGGGGGGCAUCUGGAGAUUGUCAAGUUACUUCUCGGCCAUGGAGCCGAGUCAACCAUUGAAUCAGUCGAUGUCCAUUUUGAGACAGCGCUCUACGCUGCCUCAAAUGCAGGGCAUGUGGAAAUCGUCAGAGAACUACUGGCUCAUGGUGCUAAGUCCACUGUUACAACCAUAACUGCAUUUGGCAAUAGUCCACUAUAUGCUGCGUGUAAAAGCGACAAGUUUGAUAUUGUUAAGCAACUACUUGAUCAUGGCGCCGAGGCAACCAUUAUCGUUGCGAACGACAAGGGUAACACGCCACUUCAUGAAGCGUUAUACAACGGUCAUGUUGAGAUGAUAAAUCUGUUAUUCGACCACGGCGCCGAACUGACCAUUAGAGCUUUGGAUAAGAAUGGCGACUGCCCCUUGUAUGUGGCAGCAGCGAGAGGAGACAUUGGGCCAGUUGAUAAACUGCUUCAACACGGAGCUGAGUCGGACAUUGCAACUUUGACAGUUGACAACAGAUCAGCAGUUUUCGCCGCAGCCGAGAGUGGUAGCUUAGAGGUGUUCCAAAGGUUGCUUGAGUAUGAGGAAGCUGAGCCAACUCUGAUGAUCGUGGACGACUACAACAAGAGUCUUCUUUUUGCCGCAUCAAGGGGAGGCAGCGCCGGGAUUGUAACAGAGCUUCUUGAUUGCGGACUGGAGCAGCAUAUCUCGCUCCCCGCAAAGUCUGGAGAUACACCUUUAUCCAUUGCCGCACAUAAUGACCAUGUCGACGUUGUCACACUUCUUCUGUCCGUCCCUGAAGUGUCGGUCAACCAUGCCAAUAAUUAUGGUGUUACGCCACUUUUCUCUGCCGCUCGCUUUGGUCAUAUCGAAACGGUAAAGAUCCUUCUUUCUAGUCCAGAUAUCGAACUAGACUGCGAAAACUGGAAGUAUCUUACACCCUUACACGCAGCAGUAGCCAACGGCCAUGUCGAGAUUGCAAAACUCCUUAUUGAGCAUGGUGCCGCCAUCAUUGCCUGGCCGACAGUAGGUCAAAAUUUGCUAUGGUGGGCAGGGCGCACAGGAAAUCCCGACAUGGUAGAGCUACUGCAGUCAAUUGGACUGACUGAAGACUCUCUCGGCCCUUUCAGAUACUUUCGCAGGGAAGCUCCACCGGACGAUGCUGCGACUGUUGUCUGUAAUGUCGACUUUGGAUACUGCGAUGUCUGCACACUGACUGUGGAGGACGACAAGGGUUAUGGAUGCAACAAGUGCUGGGAAGAGUUUUGGGACGAGGUCCUGAUUUGUUCAGAGUGCUUUGAUAGAGAGUAUGAUGUGUGUAUAAACGAACAUACAUUGGUUCAGAGAAAGAAGCUAGACUAUUGA